AUGGCGCAGCAGGACCAGGGUGAGAAGGAGAACCCCAUGAGGGAGCUGCGCAUUCGCAAGCUCUGCCUGAACAUCUGCGUCGGAGAGAGUGGCGACAGGCUCACUCGCGCGGCCAAAGUGCUGGAGCAGCUCACGGGGCAGACGCCCGUUUUCUCCAAAGCUCGGUACACCGUCCGCUCCUUUGGGAUCCGGAGGAACGAGAAGAUUGCCGUUCAUUGCACUGUGCGUGGGGCGAAAGCUGAAGAGAUCUUGGAGAAAGGCUUGAAGGUGCGAGAAUACGAGCUGAGGAAGAACAACUUCUCCGACACCGGCAACUUUGGGUUUGGAAUCCAGGAGCACAUCGAUUUGGGGAUUAAAUAUGAUCCCAGCAUUGGGAUUUAUGGCUUGGACUUUUACGUGGUUCUGGGCAGGCCAGGAUUCAGCAUUGCCGACAAGAAGCGCCGGACUGGCCGCAUUGGAGCCAAGCACCGCAUCAGCAAAGAGGAGGCCAUGCGCUGGUUCCAGCAGAAGUAUGAUGGCAUCAUCCUUCCAGGCAAAUGA